AUUUCUUUCUUGCCAUUUAGGACCAUGAUUUACAUCUCUCAACUGGGUAUCUUCAGAAACCCUAAGCCAAUUGAAGGUGAGCUUUGAAUCUGAUUCUGAUUUUCACAUUAGCCUUUCUGUCUUCUCCUUCGAAUCUCAUCCGGUGCUCCAGAUUUGUGUCUUCUUCUUAGAUUUUCAAAAUCCCUAGUCUAAAGGAUUCUGAAAUUUUAGACUUGAAAUCGCGAUUUUCUUUCUUCAGUUUCCGCAUGUGGGUUUUUGCUUCCAAUUUAAGCUUUAUAUUUGUUCUUCUGUGUUCUUUUGUGCUGAAAUGUUUUUGUAAUGGCAUUUAGUUUCCACGCCUAUGUCUCAUUCAGCUUUAUAUUUGUUUUUCGCCGCAUAUUUUUUCCACUUUUUCAAGAAGUCUGUUUUUAUUUUUAUUUUCCUUCUACUUUUCAUUUGAGAUUUUGAUUGAACUUGCAUAUUUAAAUUAAGCUUUGCAUGUAUGUCAUCUAUACUGCCUGUCAUCAAUUAAAAACGAUGCAUGAUAAAUGACCAUUUUUAUCAAGAAAAUGAAUGGACAAGCAUCUUGUCCAUUGUUAGAGGAAAAUGAAUAUACUUUUCUUAUAUUCAUUCAGUGCCAUUUUUAACCUAAUUUGCAUGUUUAAAAAUUUUGAUGAGCUGGAAGAUAAUGGUUUUGAUAGAUAUGUCUCUUUUAGCCCUCAACAUUUGGAUGCUACUUCAGUUGAUGAUGGUUUUGCAGCAACAUUGGUGAGGAAAGAUGUCCUGUAGGACAUCCUAGAUAGCAAUGAUUAAUUGUUGUUAAAAUUUGAUGAGAUGAUGUACUAAAUGCUACUCUAGAAAUUUACAUCGAUGUUAUAAAAAACCUUUUUUGUCCAAAGAAUCAAUGUUGUUGUAUUGUAAAAUCUUAUUAUUUAAUUUUCUUAAAACCCUCAGUUGCUAAUCUACUGCUUGUUAUGGCUAGUUUCAAGUCUAUUGUAAAGGGUAGAAGAUGGCAAAGGGAAGAAAAAGAAAAAUGACAAUUGGGUGUGCAAGAUGCAAGCAGUGAGGAGUCUUCCUCUCGACGGUGACAACCAAAUCGAGCUAAACUAAAACAGGAAUUAACCACUCUGCACAGCAAAGAGGAUCAUGUUUGUUAUUUUAAUUUAAUUGUAUUUUUGGUUAAAAUGUUAGUGUUUAUAGUAAUGUAUAGAAUAGAAUCCUGUUUUUCGGGCACAAACACCCAUGAAGUUCCUAUGCAACCAAAAAGAGGGGUGACAAAGUGUCUAGAUGUUCAUAGGUUAGGGUCGAGUGAAAGGAUUAAGGUUGGAAUCAAUACACAAUACAGAUAAGCAGGCUGUUGGUCCAGGUGAUCAGAAGUACUAUCUUGGGCACAUUUGCAAGGAAUCCCACACUUUGCCCACUAAAUUAUGAAUACUGCAGGGACAUUGCCAAGACUACCAAAGCUGAUCAAAUGGAUUAUGUUAGGGUAAUUUUUUUUUUUUUCUAUCUUAACUUUUUGUCGAUAAUUUUUGAAAUUUUCUUGCUUUCAUCUUCUCUCAUCUACAUAUCUUAGUGCAAACUUAGGUAGGGUAGUGAAUUUAGUUUCACACUUAUUGAGAGUCAUCCCUCCUUGAACCAUCUGCAGAAACUAAUUCUCCAAAUAUUUUUUUCAAUUUGCAUUGCUAAAGGUGGCAUGCCAAGCAAAGAAAAGUUUGACGCUGCAUCUUUACUAAAACAUUUGGUUGAUAAAUUAUGGACGUGUAA